ACUGGCUAAGGGCGGAGUCAACGCGACUUGGCGGCCAUACUGAAUGUUGUCUGUUGACAGUUGCUCAAACAUUUCACUGAAAUAAGUAAGUCUCGGGCAAAUUAAGCAAAGCGGCUUUGCGUUCCUGCGCUCGGACGGAUGGCCUAGGCCGUCACCGACUGCGCUGCCGAGCUAUGGAUGAAGCUGAACGGCAGAAGAAGUUAGAAGCUGGGAGAGCCAAGCUUGCUAGUUUCAGAAAGAAGCGGGCGAAAGGCGACGGUGCGGGGGCGGCGAAAAAGACGCAGAAGGGGAAGGGCCAGGCUGUCACGAAGAAUGACGGCUCGACGCAAGAUCGUCGCGUAGACGCACACCUGCGGCCGGCCGGCGCCACGGGACCGGAAGGCAAGACCAACCCGGAGGGAGCCUCAAACUCUGAAAAAUCUGAAAAUCAGCAGAAUGACCAACAAGAGGAUCAGUCCUCCAGUUUGGAGGAGCGAAGCCUUUCCCCCGUGGAGGACCUGAGAGAAGAGGAGCUGGCUGCACUUACUGGCAAAGAGCAGCUGCAGCUUUUGCAGCAGGCUGUCGAGAAGCGGAACGAAAUAAUAGCCAAGCUCAGCCACAACCUGCAAGACGCCCUGGCCAGCAGAGACCAGGUGCAGCUGGAGGCUCAGUCUCUCGCCGGGCAGAUUCAGGCUCUGCAGAAGCAGCUCCAGCAGACCAGCGUGGAGUUCAUGCGAAUAAAAGGUCACUCUGGGGCCGAAGCCUUUGGCGGCGCCGAUCAUCACCCUGGCCUUUCCUCCCAAGCUCCAAACAUCUGGCACAAAGAGGCGGCGUCAGAGGGAUCGGGAAACGCCGGUCCUGGUUCCCAGCAGACGCCUGAAGGCUUCAGUACCGACAGCGACACGGAGGCCGACACCGUCCUGCACAAGCUGAUGCUCGAGCUGGAAGAAGAGAGGAAGAAGAGCCAACGCCUAAGUGCCGAACUAGCAAAGGAGGUGGAGAAGAGCCAACACGUGCUCUCGCUGUUGGAGGAGGAGAAGCAAGGGAGGGAAGAGGAGCAAAACGAAGUGCAUCACCUCCAGACCCAGCUAAGCCAAGUGCAAGCUCAGUGCCUUGUCAUGCAGCAGUACAAAGAGGAGAAGGAAAAGCUGAACGGCGAAGUGCUCAGGCUGAGAAAAAUGCUUCAGGAGGAAGAGGAUUCAGAGAGGAGGUGUGACUCGGAUACCGCCAUUUGUCCCCGGGCUCUUGAGGAAGAAAAGGGGCAACUGGAGGAGGAGAUGAAAAGGCUCAAAGAGGAGGUGGAGCAUGUGAGGAAGCUGUUGGAUCAGAGCGAAAGACAACUUCAGCAGAGGGAGAGAGAGGUGGAAGGACUCAAAGCUUAUAAGAACCGGGAGAACCACGCCAAAGCUGCCUUUACCGCCGAGGUUACUAACACAGAGGAAGGCAGUCUGGGAAACGGACCCGAGGAGGGAGAUCUGGACACGUCAGAACAAGGAGAUAUUCUGAUGGAGCGGUACUUGUCCUCGGUUCCCCCGGCACAUUCGCACUCUUCAGUGGUAAAUGAAAGUUUCGAGCAGCCCAGUCAGCUGGAUAUAUCUGCAGACUGCAGCUUUGAGCUCAACAGCGAGGUUUUCGGCGACCAGCCCCUGCUGUCGAUUUCAAACCGCGUCUGGGAGGAAAACGAGAACACCAGCAGCUCCCAGCCCGGCGCGGCAGAGGCCGGCGACUCCAGCGAUCCCUUCGCCCCGCGGUGGCCUCACAGCCCAACAUCUGGGGACAUGGGCUUGAGUCGGGUGUCCGAGCCGCAGCUCGAGGAGACCAGCCUGGAAAAACAGCUGCUGAGCCAGCAGUGUUGGGAGCUGCGCGAGGAGCUGGCUCUGAAGGAGCGGGAAGUGGGCGUGUUGAGAGAGGAGGUCCUCAAGAGUUCAGAGGAGUUGGAGGAGGCACGGAGCAGGUGGGCCCAGGUCACAGAGGAGCUGCAGGAAGCGCUCAAUGAGCUUGAAGAGGAGAGGGAGAGAAGGCGGCUUGUGGAGGAGGAGAUGAACCUGAGAGCCCAUGAGCAGGACGGCUCCAUCAGCAAAGACGGCGCCUCGAUGGAAGAAAGGGGAGAAGAAAGCGUGGGGACGUUAAUGGGACAGGAAGCUGGAGGACCUGCUGAAGCCUCCCUCCUUCGUUUUACUACCUGUUCGUCCGAAUAUGCAGAUGGGUUUUCAGGAGAAAUGAAUGAAGAUGAGGAGGGAGAGGUUUCAGUUUUGGCUCCUCAAAACCAGGAGCAGCUGCUGGUGGAGAAAAAAUCAACUCCGGAUUCUACCGGAGACGUUUCAGAGCCGAGCGAUGAGAUCCAGGUCCAGACGUUACAGGUUAACCGUGGCUAUCUAGAGUCAGAACCAGAGGAGACGGAGGUGGAACAGAAAACCGAGUCAAUCCUCUUAAGUCAGAAGGCGGUCGAAGUCGAUUCUGCAUCCGAAGAGCUCGAAACGACCCGGGCGCAGCUUCUGAAGCUCCAGGAUGAAGUCGACAGACUGCAGCGAGAACUGCUCAGCAGCCAGGCCCGUCUAGACUUGGCUGGAAGAGAGAAAGAGGAGCUGGAGGCUCAGAUUCACAGUCUGAGAGAAGACCUGGCCUCUCUGGAGGAGGCGCAGGCUCUGUCUGUGAAACAGAGGGAGGAGGAGAGGCGCAAAGAACAGCAGAUGGACGAACAGAUAAAAAAGAUGGAGCAGGUCCUGGAGGAGGAACUCGAGCAGUUUGAGAACAUUAUGAAAGCCAAGGAUGCCGAGUUGGCUGAAGAGAAGGAAAAAUGGGAGGAGGAGAGGCAGGAGAAGGAAAAGCUCAUUGAUGCGACCCGUCUGCUGGAAGAAAAAAUGAAAGAGAAGGACGAGGAGGUGAAGGCUCUCGUCGAGAAGCAGGUCCUGGCCGUGGCAGAAGCUUCGGGAAGACUCAAAGCGUCCCACGAGCAGGAAAUAAGAGUCCUGGAGGAGAAACAUCGGCAAGAGGUUUCCGAGUUGAACGACCGCCUGGAGACAGAGCUGCUGAAGCAGCGGGUCGUCAUGGAGGAAGAGCAAAAGCGACAGAUCAGCUUCAUCAAAGAGGUAACCGAACGGGAGCACGAGAGGAUGAUGUCUGAACUGGCGGCCAAACACAACGAGGAGCUUGAAAAGCUGAGGACAGAGGUGUCCCUGGAGCUGAGGGAGAGCAUGGAAGCUGCUCACCAGGCUGAGAUGCAUCAGGCGCAGGUCCAGAAGACCUUGGAGCUUGAAGCUUUGCGUCUGAGCCUGACCACAGUUCACAUGUCUCAGCUGGAGACGUCGCAGGCCAACAUGCAGCAAGAGCAACAGUCUGCAUUCGGUAAGCUGCAGGCCUCCAUGAGGGAGGCGUUCACCCAGGAAGGUGCUCUUCUUCACGCCCGGCAUCAGUCCGACCUGCACGAAAUCCAACAACAGAAUAAGGAGCAGCAAGAGAGGCUGCAGAAGCUGCACCAGCAAGAGAUCGAUGAGCUGAAGCAACAGUGGGAGGCUCGUUUUGCUCAGGAGAGAACCUCAAUGCAGGAGAAACAUGAUGAAGAAAUACAGGCCGUUAGAGCACAGUGGGAGAUGGACGCUGAAACCGCCAGCCAAAGGUCUCUAUCAGAGAUUCAGAACCGCCUCAAUGCGACACAGACAGAACUGAUCAACGCGCAGGCGACCCUCGCAGAAACCAGGGCAGCUCUGUCUCGGACCCAGUCUGACCUGCAGGAGGCCGAGGAAGUCCAGGCUUCCAGUAAGGAGCAGGUCCAGAAACUAGAGGAAGAGCUGAAGCAGGCCUGGGCCGACAAAGACGCUGCCGCCAAUUCUUUGGAGGAGUUGAUUCAUAGUCAUAAGACAGCCCUCCUGGAGAAAGAGCAGCAACUACUCCACCUUGAGGAGAAAGAGCAGCAACUGCAACAAGAGGUGAUGAGCCUUCAGGAAGAGAAGACGUUGCUUAAAAAGAGCUCAGAAGAAGAAAUGGGUCGGCUGUGGACGCAGCUGGAAAGCAUGAGAGCUAGCCGUCAAGAGCUGGGAGAGCUGAAGGAGCAGCUUGUGGCUCGCUCAUCUCAGGUCGAGGACAUCGAGCGUCUCAAGACGGAGUUCAGGGAGCAAAAGCGAGAAAUCAAAGGGCUGCAUGAGGCCGAGCUGGAAAACCUCAGGAAGUAUUUUGAGAAGCGGCUGCACGCAUCAGAGGAGACCUACAAAGAGGAAAUAGCUCUGCUCCAGCUGAGGUUGGUGGAAAGCGCCCUGGAGGAAUCCGUGAUGAAAACUGCAGACGACCGUGCCCUGCAUCACCUUCUGGAUGAGGAACAGGAUGCAAGAGAUGCUCGUCUUAUUCACACCGAGUUGGUCGACAGCCUAAGGCGUGAGCUGGAGGAGAAGCAUGCAGUGGACCUUUCCCAGCUUGAAUCCUCUUUGGCUCUUUCUUAUAAAGAAGAGCUGCAGCAGGAGCGCUCAGACCUCACGGACCAUUACUAUCAGGAGCUGCAGGAGAUGAAGACUCGCCAUGCCCUGGAAUUGGAGCAACUGCGAGCCAGGCUUUCUGAAAGCCAUUUACAAGAUCUCACCAGAAUGCAUUUGGAGGCAGAAAGGCAGGUAGAGGUUGAGGUAGAACAGAGGAUGUGGCGUCUCACUGAGGAGCUGCACACGAGGAUGACGAUCAUCCACAGCCUUGAGAACAACCUUGCUAAAGAGCACAGAGGUGAUCCCGAGGAGGGCGAUCUGAAGAAACUAAGAGAAGAGCUUCGACAGAAACAUGAAAACGAGAUCUCUGCUUUGAGGUCAGACCUUGAGUGGGAGAAGAAGUGCCUUGAAGAAGCUCUUGACAAAGAAAGAGAGAGGAGGAAGUCUCUUGAAGCUGCUCUGGAUGAUGAUGAAGGCCCACAGCUUCUAAUGGUGAAGGAAAGAUUGGAGGCUGAGUAUGACGACAAGCUGCAAAAGACAAAGAACGUCAUGGCUGUAGAAAUCAAAGAGCUCCAGGUUCGGCUGCAGGAGCAGAACGAGGAGAAGCUUCGAUUAGCCCAACAAAGGUUCCAGGAGGAGAAAGUGGCUUUGGAGCAGCAUUUGGCCCAGAGAUAUGAAAAGUCUGUGGCUGAGCUGGAAGACAAACACGCCGCUGAGCUCCAACACGAGAGGACGGCGCUCCUAAGCAAGCGCUCAGAAGAGAUGAAUGCCCUCGAUGCCAAACACAAAGCACAGCUAGACUCACUCGGUGCCUGCCACAGAGACCAGCUCGCAGCGAUGGCGGUUGAGCUUGAAAAGAAGCACAAAGCCGAGCUUGUUGCUCUGGAAUCAGCCCUCCAUGCUAAGCGGACAGAGGACCUCAAACAAAUGGAAGCUGCUUUUCAGGAGACCAGUCAGGCACAGCUGGAGGCUUUGGAAGCAGAUCUGUGUCGCAGACACCAGGAGGAGCGGGAUGAGCUGGAAAAGAGAAUGCUGGGUAAUAUGGACACUCUGGAGGCUACCUACUUAAAAGAAGUCCAAGCAUUGCGCGAUGAGAUUAAUCUACUCGAGGAGAAGCAUCGCCAGGCCCUGAUUUCCCAGAGUUCAGAGCACAAACGGCUGAUGGAGCGUCAGGCCGCAGAGACGCAGUCCGCCAGGGAGGAGCUGAAGAGAGAGCUGGCUCAGCUACACAUGGACAAGUUCAAGGCUAUGGCAGCUGAGCUUAGCCAUGUUCACAAGACAGAGCUGGCUGCCCAAAAAGAGACUUUAGAUACAGAACACUGCAAAGCCUUGGAAGCACUUAAACAGCAGGUUUUGGAGCUCGAGGAGCAACAUAGCGCCGCCCUGCAGGAGGUCUCACACACUUACAGCGUUGAAAAGGAACAGCUAAUAGAACAGCACCAAAGUCAGCUUCGGGAGCUGAGGGGAACUUCUGCACGGGAACUGGAUGCUUGUCGCAGGGAGCUUGAAGAGGAGUCUGCAAGGCAACGGCAGCACUUCCUGGAAGAGGCGGAGCUCCUCAAGGUUCAAUCGGAGGAGCGACUUCAGGACAAAAUUAAUCAACUGAAGACUGAAUUUGAAGAAAGGAAAGAGGUGGAGCUUGAAGAAUUGAGGCGGAGCUUCACAUCUCAGCAGCAGGAAAAGGAACAGAGCUACACAAGCAAAAUGAGCCAGCUCACCACCCAGCUGCAGCAACUAGACGCUGUGGUUACCCAGCUGCGAGAAGAAAUCGGGUGCCUGCAGGAAGAGUUGCAUGGAAAACGUUCGGAGAUGGAGACGUUGGACACCCUCCUUCAAAGAAGGGAGCGAGAGAGUCAGGAGGGGGGCAACCUUCUCAAGAUGCUCACUGAUGACUUACAGGAUGCUAAAGAGGAAAAGAGCAAACUGUACCAUGCAAAUGAAAAGAUGAGCAAGGUGCUGAUCGAGAUGCUGCGCAGUGUCAUAGCAACGGAAGAGCUGAUUGGUCAAAAGAUCAACAUGAGGAUCCAAACGAACGAGCAGACGAUGCGUAAAAGUUCAACAAGGAAUAAAGAUCAAGAGUCAGGAAUUUCAGUAGCAGAUUUGACAUCAGAAGACAUGGAACUGAGCCAGAUGCUCUGCGAGAGUCUGCUGGUCACCGACACGCAGAUCAAUCCUGGAGGAGAAGAAUCGGCUCUUAAAGCUUGCAGCAGAUUACGUGUAGCCGUGGAGACGCUCCUGGACCUGCUUAACCAGGCUCACGCCCAGUUGGAGCAGACCUGCAGUGUUCAUCUCACUCUUGAGGAGAAGUUCUCCCAGGGCAGAGAAGACACCACCCAGCUCAUUGAACAGCACAAGCUAGUGAUGAAGCAGCUGGAUGAGGAAGCCAAGCUGAAGAGUUGCCUCCAGCUGGAGCUCCACAAGGCAGAGGGGCUUCUGGAGGGCUAUGUGGCUGAAAAGGCCGCCUUAGAGGAGUCUCUGCAGCAGAAGGAGGCUCUGGAGGAAAAGCUUGUGGAGGAGCUGGAGGACCUGAAGGCGAAGCUGCAAAAGAUGCAGGGUCUGAGCGCAGAGCUUGAGCUCAUAAGAGUGAAGUAUCAGGAGCUCACCGAGGAGCACGGCAUCCUGCUGCGCCACAAGGAACAUCUCUCCGCUGGCCUUGGGGAGAGAGAGAAAGCCUUGCUGGCAGAGACGGAGCGUCUGACCCAGGACAGGCUGGACUUGCAGAGGCAGGCGGAGAAAGACCACAAGUCUCUCUCUCUGCGCCUCAGGAACCUGGAGAGAGAGCUUGAAGACCAGGAAACCAAACGCCUGGAGAAGGAGCUGCAGCACAAGAAUCACACCGAGGACCUCAGUCAGCGUGUCCAAGCACUGGAGAAACAGCUGAAACACGAUAGGCAGUUUAUAGAGGAGCAGGCCGUGGAGCGCGAACACGAGCGAGACGAGUUCCAACAGGAGAUCCGCAGGCUGGAGGAUCAGCUCCAACAGACAGGAAAUGUAGAUAACAAAGCACACAAGUUUGAAGACUUGCUUCUGCAGGUGGAGAGCCUUCAAGCCAUAAUCCGAGAUAAAACCGAAGACCACGCUUUCUUGCUGGAGGCCAAUCAGCAAGCGCAGCGCGAUCUAGCAGAACGCAAUGAGGAGAUAGACAAGCUAGCGGGACGAAUCCGAGAGCUGGAGCAAGCGCUGCUCAACAGCGCCGAAAGCGUCAGAGCCGUCAGUGAGAUGGAGCAAGAACUGAACAAAGCAAAGCUAAGGGAACAGGAGCUCGCACAAGAUAAGCUUGUUCUAGAGCAGCAGCAGCUGUCCAGCAGGCUCCAAAUCUCGGCUUUGCAGUCCAAACUGGAUGAGACCAGGCACCGUUACCAUGACAACUCCCGGGACCCCACCCAUGAGCUUAGGGACGCCUUGGAUGCUGCUCAGCAAAAUCUACAUCGCAAAGAGCAAGAGGUUGAGGUCUUGCUUGGCCAGUUGGAAAACUUGCAGAGAGACUCGGACCAAAAAGAAGCUGAACUGAAACACCUCGCAGCUCAGAUCCAGCUGCAGGCGAAUAGAAACGUGGCGCAAGUUCAGGAUCUCCAACAGGAAAUUUCUACCCUCAAAGAGACCAUGUCCACCAUCGCUGAACUAAAUGAGGAAAAUAAACUAAUUCAGGAUGCAGAAAAUGAGGAGGAGACCCUCCCUGCAGCCCUGCUUCAGGAGAAAAACCAGGAGAUCGAUCAUCUCAACUGCGAGAUCCAAAAACUGGAACAAGAGCUGGAGAGUGCGAGGCACAGCAAAGUUGGCGCUCUGGAGGGUGAGCUGGAGGAUCUGCGAUCUCAGGUCGAACACCUCCGGUCUGAAAUCGCAAGAGUGCGCCAGGCAAAGCAGGAGGAAGAGGAGCGGCUCCACGAGGUCAUCAGCACGCUGCAGGCAGAGCUCGCCACCCUGGGUCCCAACGUGCACGAAGUCAGCGACUCUCAGGACGGCGACAGCAUCAACCCCUCGCCUUCCCCCAGCCCCGAACCUCACGCGGAGACCCCGCAGGAGAGGAGGGGAGGCCCAAACAGCCUGAAGCACGAGAUCAGCCUCACGCAUUCCGCCGCCUCCUCGUCUCUCCGCUCUCGUCUCAAAGCCCUCCAGAGUCAGUUAGACGCCGCCGUGGCAGAGAAGGAAGGACUGGAGCGCCUGCUGCUCACGCAGGAGGAGGAGUACAGGGCGCAAGGAGAAGAGUUCGGGAGGAGGCUCGGAGCCGAGAGGGAGAAGCUGGACGAAAUCCAGGGUCUGCUCAGGCUGAGGGAGACGGAGCUGGAGCAGGAGAAGGAAAAGAAACGACUGUGUGAGGAAGAGAGGGACAGCUUGAAGGUUGAAGCUGAAGAGGCUAAGGCUACGCGUGAAGAGAAAGCCCUCCUGAGCUCGGCUGUCCUGGACUUGCAAAAGAGCGAACGAGAGCGAGCGAGAGAGCUGGAAGCUUUGAAAACCAAGGACCACGAGAUGAAGCUAGAAAUGGAGGUCCUCAGAGAAGCCGGCCUCACUCUUGAGAGACGCGUCCAGGAAGCCGGGGCAGAAAACACGGAGCUGGAGAAAGUGGUUUCUGAGGGAAGAGAGCGGAUCACAGCCCUGGAGGCCGUGAAGGGGGAACUCUCAGCAGAACGCGAGGCGCUGAGGAGAAGAGAGCGUCAGCUGCAGGAGGAGAUCGCAAAGCUCAGAGAAGAAGUGGGUGCGAUGAAAGUGCUCGUCCAGGAGCUGACGCUGAAGCUGAGAGAAAAAGAAAGCAGUGAAGAAGAGCUUCAGAAGGAGGUUCUGACCCACGCGGACGUAACCCUGGCCAAAGCAGACGCUGCCCUCAGACAGAAGGAGUCAGAGUUUGCCAAGCUGAAGGCUGAAAACGAGGCUCUCAAUGCCGAGCUGGCUGCCGUGAAACAAGCGCUGAGCAGCAGCUCCGAAAGGGCCGCGGAACUUCACCAGAAGAUCAAAGAUCGAGAUCUCGUUGACCUGGAAGCUGAGAACGAGCGAAUGAGGGCAGAGCUUGAGCGUCUUCAGGAGGACGUGGUUGCACAGGAAGAGGAACUAGCCUAUCAGCGGCGAGAACUGGAGCAGCUCCGGCGACAACAAGACGCGGUUCCUCACCACCAGGACUACCGGAUCAAAGAUAUUUCUCACGGAGCUUUUGAGGAGCUGCUCACGGUCUCACGCGACGAAGCCUCCCUGAGCUCCCCGGAGGUUUUGAGGAGACUCGAGCGCUCCGAGGACCGACUCAGAGAACGGUUCCACGCCUCCGUUCUCGAUUCCCGUCUGUCUGAGCUCAGCGGUCUGAACUGUACGGGCCCCGAUCCUCCCCAGGUUCAAACCUCUCCAAGGGUCGCGAUGGAGCCCCCGCACUCCAGGACCAUCACCCCAGAUCCAGCCACGCAGAGCACCCACUCCCCGGGCUCCAUGUCCGUGUCUGACCACUUCUCCGCGCUCGAUUCCCUGGACCCUGACAAACUGGAUGAGUUGGAGGAACUGGACCUGACGGCUCCUCCGUCCCCACAUGGAUCCAUUUCCUCCUUCUCCGCACAAGAGUGGAACAGCGAUGGAUACGGGAGCAACGUGAGCUCAGAACUAGGAGCCAGACUGAGAGUGGAGCUGGAACAGACGGAAAGGCUGGACGCUCAGUUCGUUCAGUAUCUCCGCUGCAGAGGAAUCAACCCCACAGCCAACACCGACAGCGCCGCGGGGAGCAUGAGCUACAGCGACGACCUGCUGUCGCCCGAGCUCCAGGGUCUGUUGAAAAAGGUUUACCAGGAGAGCUGCAGGAUUCUGACACUGAGCCAGCGUCGCAGCGCACCUUCAUCUCAACCCAACCUUUCAGCGCUGAAAGCGUUCUCGUCGGGUCGGACCCAGCACGGCUUUGAAGAUGGCUCCACUGCGCUGGAGCACAGGGACGACUCGGCUUCCUUUAACCCCCCCAUGAGCUGGCAGCAGGAGAAGCGAGCCUUGCAGGAGACCGUGGUGGCUCUGAGAGAGCUGCUCUGUCGAAUGGCACAGAGACAAACACAGACCGAUUUCACCGAUGAAAGCUGGAACAGAGGUGUGCUGCAGUCUGAUGGACACGUUGAAUCCCAGCUGAGGGCGGAGCUGGAGGAGAACCAGAGACAGCUGAAAUGUGCCCACGACGCUCUGCAGGAGCACAAGAACAAAAUACUUUCACUCGGGUUGGCAGUAGAAGAAGCGGAGGAAGCUCUGAGAUCUGAACAGACCAGGUUCCAGGAGCUGCAGCAGGAGGUGGAACAAGAAAGAGCUCUGAGUCUCCGUAAAGACCGAGAGACGGAGGAAAGGAGAGAGGCUGUUCAGGUUUCCUCUGAGAAGCUCAGGUGUGAGGUUCUGUCUCUAAAGGGUCAGGUCGAGCAGGAGCGAGUGUCCUGCAGCAACCUGAGACAAGAGCUCCAAAUCGAGCAGUCCCGCAGCGUGAUGUUAGAAAAUCGUUUGGAGGACGCGCAGAAAGAGCUGGACGAGGAACGCAAACGUUUUACCCAGGAACAACAGCGCCUCGUGCAGGAAAAGUCUGACGCGGAGCGCCUCCUGAACGAAAGUCGCUCUAAGCUCGAGGAGGAGAGGCGGCGCUGCUUCCGACAGAUGGACGAGCUGAGCCGCCGACACGAAGCGGAUUCCGCCAGAGAUCAGAAGUUCCUGUCGGAUUUGCGCUCCCAGCUGGAGCAGGAGCGAAGGCAGGCGGAGGACCUGGCGUCUGUGGCGGACAAGCUCCGGGCCGAGCUGCUGCAAAGCAGGAGGAAACGGGAGGAAGAAGACGGAGCGCGGCUGGAAGAGCUUCAGCGGGAGAAAGAAGCCGCCGCCAAACACAGAGUGGCGGCGGAUGCCUUGAAGGAGCAGAAACUGGAGCUCAGCGCAGCGCUGGAGACGGAGCAGCAGCGGUCCAGACGGCUAGACGUGGAGCUGUCGGAGCUGAAGGAAAGGCUUCAAGUGUUGAGGGAAAAGGAAAGGGAGCGAGAUGACGAGUUGGAGAAGGAGAGGAGGAAAGAAAGGCAAGAGCUGGUGGAAAGAGAAAUGCGAGAGCAGAGGACCAAUAACAAACUGAUGGAGCUGGAGUUACUGAGGCGGAGAGACCAGCAGCGCAUGCAGGAGCUGCAGCAGACCCUCACAGACCUGGAGAGGGAAGAGAGAGAGAUGGCCGCCCAGAGGCUGUCAGGACAGACGUCAGCACCGCUACGCCAUAAAGCGGUGUCCCCACAGUGUCCACGCAGCUACGCCCACACAGACGGGGCCCAAGCAGGCGUCUCGCCGCAGCACCAGCAGAGGGCGUCUGCAUCAUCAUCAUCAUCCAAUCUGUUGGAGACCGUGUUGAAGGAGAACGGCGAGUUGACGGAGCGUGUGACCGCCCUGAGUCAGGAGAGAGCCACGUACAAAAGUAGACUCGCCGGCCUGGAGAAGCAGCUGCGGCGCACCGAGGCCGAGCUCGCCAAGGUCACGGCAGAGACGGAAAAUCGACCCGUCGGUGAUUCGGUCAUCCAGAGCAGGCUGCAGCGUUAUUACGAGCGCUACCUGCGCGCUGAGAGCUUCAGGAAGGCUCUGGUUUACCAGAAGCGAUACCUGCUGCUUCUGCUGGGAGGCUUCCAGGACUGCGAGCAGGCCACGCUGUGCCUCAUUGCUCGUAUGGGGGUGCGGCCCUCGCCUCCCCUCAUACCCCAGCGCCGACCCCUCUGCAGAUUCAGGGCUGUGGUCCGAGUGGUAAUAGCUGUGUCAAGAAUGAGGUUUCUGACCAGGAAAUGGCAAAGAGCGAUCAGAAGGGUGGCCUUACCUGGAACCACCAGCAGCCAUGCUCCAGGAACCAAAGUGGACGUUUUACGGCAGCAGCAGCCAAGAAUAAACUCUGACUCUGGGCAGAACAGAGACAACAGCGUUCCCCAAAGAGACUCCGUGUCAUCUCAAGCUCCCCCUGGAAAAUCAUCAUUCCGGCUGCAGAGGAGGCCACACUCUAAUAUCUCUAUAGCCUCUGCUCACUCUGCCGCAACGUCCCAGGAUCCUGAACGCUCCCUGACAGAAUAUAUCCACCAUCUGGAGAAAGUACAGCAGCGCUUGGUGGGAACUAGACAAGGUCCGUCCGGCCCAAAGUAACCCAGCCACCAAAGACUGAAUGUUGCUCCAAACUGACAAUGCCUUAAUGCCUUGAAGGAUGUUUAUAAUCUAUUUUUUUUUCUUUAUUUCACAUAAUUUCUUUUAAACACAUAAAUUAUUUUUGUAUUUUUUAAUGUAAUUUCCUUUUGUAUGCUGUUUUUUGAAGGUUGUCCUAAACAUGCAGCUUGAACAAAAGUUUCUUGUGAUUUUAAA